GGUCGAAUCCCGGCCGGUCCGAAAAAUGUAGCUCUAGCCCCAAACCCGGAAACAUGCGGCGUUCGGUGAGUAGUCUCCGUUGGGACACAUCAGAUCUUCGUCUCGACGACUCGGCAUGGUAACAGCCUGACUGCUGACAGCAUUUUUGUUGUCUUUGAGGUUUGGUGGAAAGAAAGAGGUUUGCUAUCAAUUGAUGGGUUCCCUUUUUCUGUGGUUUCUCCUUCAAUCUCAAUCUCUCCAACUGCAAUUCCAGUUUUCUGUUUGGAUGCCGGGAAAUCUUAGGAAAAUAAUGUCUUUUUUUCCUUUUUUAUCCUUCUUGGCAAAAUUGGAGUUUAGUAUCUGAAAAUUUUUGUCCUUUAUUAUUUUCCCCUCAAUUUUCUUUGCAACCAAACACGCUGCAGGGAUUCAACGAAUGGCUUCUGCGUUGGGAUUCACUUGGCCGACCGACUUAUCAUUUCCAUUUUUUGUUCCUAAAUUUUAUAGAGCUUUUUAUACAGAACCCAGUUCGAGAAGAAUCUCAACAAGAAUCUGGAGCCACCAAAAUCCUAGCUUUGUUCUUAAAAGGAAACAUCCCACCACAAGAGAAUUCAGGCUGUUCAAAUCGGUGGAGUUGGAGCAGUUCAUAACAAGCGACGACGAAGACGAAAUGAGUGAAGAGUUUUUUGAGGCAAUCGAGGAACUGGAGCGGAUGGCCAGAGAACCCUCUGAUAUUCUUGAGGAAAUGAACGAUCGCCUUUCCACAAGGGAAUUGCAGUUAGUCUUAGUGUACUUCUCUCAAGAAGGGAGAGAUUCUUGGUGUGCACUUGAAGUUUUUGAGUGGCUGAAGAAGGAAAAUAAGGUUGAUAACGAGACCAUGGAGCUCACGGUUUCGAUAAUGUGCAGUUGGGUGAAGAAGUUGAUUGAAGGAGAACGUGAUGCUGUUGAUGUGGUUGACCUUCAUGUGGACAUGGAUUGCGUGGGAUUGAAGCCGGGUUUUAGCAUGAUUGAGAAGGUGAUCUCCAUGUACUGGGAGAUGGGGAAGGAGGAGAGAGCAGUUUUGUUUGUGAAAGAGGUGCUAAAGAGGGGAAUUGCAUGUGCUGAGGAUGAUGGUGGAGGACAUAAAGGAGGGCCAACUGGGUAUCUUGCUUGGAAGAUGAUGGUAUGAUUCUCUUGCUUCUGACUUUUGAUAUCUGUUUGCAUUACUUUUGUUUAUCUAUGAUUUAUUAUUUUGUCCUUUUCAAGUGAUAGAGAUUUGGUGGGCUUGUCUUUUGAUUGUUGCUUGAGUUCCAGCGGUUCUGUUUGCUUAUGGAAACUUCUAAUUUUUGCACUUGUUCUUGGUUCACUAACAUUUUUAUGGUCAACUGCGUCAGAGAUUGUGAUUCCGUUUUAAUGGUUCUGUUACGUAAUUGUGAGUGAAACGGUUAUCUUGUGUAGUCCAGUCAUGCAUUACCUUUGAUUUAUCAGAGAAAGUGCAUGUAUAAAGCUUCUUUUUGUAU